UUUCUUUUUUUUAAAAAAAAAAAUAUGACAACGCUUACAGAUCAGUUAGUGACUAUUGUAUUUGGACUUGCCGACCUUACUAUUUCUAUUCCACAAUUGAAUAUCUCACUUCCUGUAUUGGAACUUAUACAUGCUCUACUCAUCAAUUAUGCUUAUCGAACUGGUCUCUCGAUUUCUCACACGAAUAUUGGUUGGGGUCAAGGUUUUUUAGCUACUAUAGUUAUGUGUGCUGGUGGUGGCUCUACAGUUGCUCUUUUACGUGGUGAACCUCUUGGUAUUUUGAAAAGCAAUCGGUUCUGGGGUAUCUAUGGAACAACAUAUUGGCUCAUGUUUUCCAAUCCUUAUGUAUAUCCAUUUGUUGAUUACUUGUUUAGUAUUCCAGCUUUAGAACAAGUGCUAACAGUUGCGGAUGGUAUCUUGCGUAAUUUUGCUAUUACAAGAGUUGGUAUCGAAGGCGUAGCUCUGAAUCCUUUGUUGGGUGAUGACAAAUGGGUUGCCAAGUUGAUUUGUGGUACUUUGGCUGGUUGUGGUGGAGGCUUUUGGAUUGAUACUUUCAAAUUGACUCAAGAACAUUGGACUUUCUCUACUCCACGAUUCCUUCAUAGUCCUUCUAUUGAUAUGAAAGCAAGUUUUGCGUCUACUCUGUUUUACUUGAUCUCCACCAACUCUGAACUAGCUGAUCUUCUUGGAUUCACAGUUCUCUCUCAAACUGAAGCGCAAGCAUGGAGUGCAAUGGUCUUAUCUUCUGGUCUUGUAUAUAAAUCAUACAUCAACAGACUCAACAAUAACAAUCGAUUCAACAAAACUGUACCGACGACUCAAAUUGACAACACAAAUGAAAAGAAGGAUGAGUAGUAGGAUAGGUUGUUUUUUUUUGAAAUAAAGUACUUAUAUAGAAUAUUUUAUUUUAUCAAAGUC